AUUCCGACCUGAUCUGAAAGCCUAAAAGCUGUUUAACGAUCACUACGCAAGGGACCAACACCUGCGUGCUGUGUCUCCGUCGACACAGGUGUGGCAGCUGUCACCGGAAAUCCUGCGCCGGUAACCCCAAACAUUCGGUUCACUCGUAUUUGUUCAUUAGAUAUUAAGUAAAUUAGAACGUUGAUUGGAUGAUUAACCGAGAGACAGUGUGCUGAAGGACAACAAAGUGGGUCGCAGUGCCAAAGUGUUUGUGAGAGUAGUACUUGGCACAGGGUACGCAGACGGAAGGUACCUGAAAGUAAGAGUACAAACGCGGUAAUCAUGGCGAGUCUUGGGACCAGACUGGCCGCGCUGGUGACCUAUAAGAACCUAGGUCACCAUGAGUCCACGAGCACCAUCAACACGGAGGCCGGCAAACCCAAAGAGACUACGGAGCUGGUGGGGCUGUCGAGGCCCCGCGUGUGGCGGAACCUCCUGCUGGGAACCGUCGGCGUGAUGCUCAUCGUCGCCGCCGCCAUCGGGAUCGUCAUCGCCACCCGCCGACAACGAAUUCUUGUUCCGCAGCGAGAACGGAGCCCUCAACAUGUUCACCGUCGAGACGCAGUCCACGGAGGAAUUGGUCAACAAGGAUGUCAUGGCGGAGUGGCGUCCCUUCAAGUACAGUCUGUCCCCAAGCAGGAAAUUCCUUCUGGUUGUUCAUGAUAUACAGAAGCUAUUCCGUUACUCCUACCUCGCCCGCCACACCAUUCUUAACCUUGAGACCGGGGAGGCCAUACCGCUGGCGCCUCAGCGGGUCAGGUCCAGGAAUGAUCAGCCGCCGCUGCUGUACGCCACCUGGGCGCCCACUGACGACGCCCUCGCCUUCGUGUCUCACAAUGACCUUUACUACACCACUGGCCCCGACUUGGCCACCAUGUACAGGCUGACUGAUACUGGCCAGAUCGGUAGCAUCUUUAACGGCAUCCCCGACUGGGUGUAUGAAGAGGAAAUUCUGAGUUCCAACUCCGCCCUGUGGUUCGGCCCCAACGGUCUGCGCCUCGCCUUCGCCACCUUCAACGACUCCCGCGUCGACACCAUGAACUUCCCUCUCUAUGGUCGUCCUGGAGACCUCUCGUUCCAGUAUCCUAUCCAGCAGUCCAUUAAAUACCCGAAGCCUGGUCGCUUCAACCCCGUGGUGGACCUGUGGGUGGUGGACCUGGCCAAGCUAAUCAGUGGAAGCAGCGACACCGUGACGCGCCUGCCUCCGCCUGCAACCCUGGCCAACGUGGACCACUACUUCACCACGGUGGGCUGGGCCUCGCCUGACUACGUGUCCGUCAACUGGAUGAACAGACAUCAAAAUGUGAACAUCCUGAGCAUCUGCCAGGCUGAGACGGGCGUUUGUUCGGACGACCUCGUCCACGAGUCUCCGGACAAGGCCUGGAACGACCUGUACACUCCCCCCAUGUUCGACGAGGCCAGCGGCGACACUUACCUGAUCGUCCUGCCCACGUUCCAGGGCGAUAAGGGGCACUUCAAGCACAUUAACUUCCGACGAUCAUCGGACAAGACCUUAACCCCGCUGACCACUGGCACCUACGAGGUUGUAGAUAUUCUGUCAUGGGACCGCAAGAAUCAUAUUGUGUACUUCACAGCCGCCCCAUCAGGAAGACCAGGGCAGCGUCACAUUUAUUACGUUGGCGACUUGUCAUCACCUCAGCCAAAACAGGCUUACUGCAUCACCUGUGGUUUCAAAAAUGACUUUAAUGAGGACUGUAAUUACAACAGCGCAGAGAUGAGCAAAGACAGUACUUAUUAUGUGUUGACAUGUGGAGGACCAGGUAUUCCCCAGGUCACCCUGCAUCGUGCAUCCGACCACUCAAGGCUCAUGCUUAUUGAGGAUAACCAAGAGGUUCGUGAGCGACUCCUUGAUCGUUCCUUGCCCCUGGAGAAGCGCCUGGAAAUUGACGUCGCAGGAGGAUUCAAGGCUCAGGUCUCCAUGAAACUUCCUCCUGAUUACAACCCAACACGGUUCCAGAGCUACCCUAUGCUGGUUUAUGUCUAUGGAGGCCCAGGAUCCCAGCUUGUGAGCGAUCGAUUCAGAAUUGACUGGGGUGACUACUUGGCCUCCGAGCGGGGAAUUAUCUACGCUUCCAUUGACGGUCGUGGCUCAGGUUAUUCUGGCGACAAACUUCUCCAUUCUCUGUACUAUGGCCUUGGAACAGCUGAGGUUGAUGACCAGAUUGCAGUGACAUCAGCUCUGCAGAAGUCCUUCCCAUUCAUUGAUUCUUCCCGAACGGCCAUUUGGGGAUGGUCCUAUGGUGGUUAUGUGACUGCUGCUGCCUUAUCAAAGGAUGUAAACAAUGUCUUUAAAUGUGGAAUCUCAGUAGCACCUGUGACUUCCUGGAUCUAUUAUGAUACUGUAUACACUGAAAGGUACAUGGGUCUCCCUACACCUGAUGAUAACCUACGUGCUUAUGAUGCCUCAGACAUAACUAGAAAUGUCACAAACUUCAGAAAUAAAGAAUUCUUCCUCAUACACGGGACUGCUGAUGACAAUGUACAUUACCAACAGUCUAUGAUGUUAUCCCGAGCAUUAGAAGUAAACGACAUUCUGUUCAGAUCACAGAGCUAUCCUGACGAGAACCACGGUCUGGCAGGAGUCAAGAGGCAUCAUUACCACAGCAUGGAAGACUUCUUGAAUGACUGCUUCAACAAAGCAUAAUCAUCACUUCUUUUAAAAUGAUGUCUGUGUAAUAAUUUCUUUCAUAUUCCAUAAAAAAAGCCAUAUAUUUUGUUAAUUUUCACAAAUGGGUAUCUUUUUCUAUUGCUCACUGAAAAUACAUAUAUAUAUAAAGUAUUUAAAA